AUGGCGGAGGGCCAUGUUCUUGUCAUCCCCAAGGGCAAGUCCACCUGUUUCUUGAGCAUGAGAUUCAGCGAGGUGACCUUCUUCCGAGAGUUGCAGAAGAUCGCUGGCGCGGUGAAGAAGGCGCUCGAGGCGGACGGCGUGAAGAUUGUGUCGAACAUGGGGGAGGCUGCGGGCCAGACGGUGUUCCACACCCACUUCCACAUCGUCCCCAUGUUCACAGGCAAGAAGUGCGAUAUGGUCUCUGCCAAGGAGAUGAUUACGAAGGAGGCAGCCGAGCCGAUUGUAGCCAAGAUCACGGAGGCCCUGAAGCCGCCGCCGAAGCCGCUCAAGAAGGCCAAGUUCAACAAGGUCUCCGUCAUCAACCCCGACAGCAAGGGCUUGAACCUGAAGGUGAAGGUGACCACGACUGCCACGGCCACGGAGGUCAAGGGCAAGACCUUCCACGAGGCGCUGGUGGCGGACGGCUCGGGGGCGGUCGUCCUGUCCGUGAGCCCGGAGCAGCUGCCCCUCGUCUCGAAGGACGCCACCCUCGAGGUCCGGAACGCGAAGGUCGUCAUGAUCGCCGGCCACAUCCGCAUCGCUGUGGACAAGUGGGGCAAGAUUUGUGCCAGCGAGGAGAGCCGCUCGAAGAGAUCAGCACGGCCAAGAACGUUUCCGAGACCGAGUUCGAGCUCGUGA